UUUAGCAAUGGGUCCUUCGACAUUAGUUCGCACUUGGAAUGGAUACUAUGUUAAUGGAUACAAUUUCCAAACACAAGGAUCAAGCAAACACAAGUCCACCAUGAAUUAUGGAGUGUGUGUGUCUAAUGACGGAGGGAGUGAUUUCUUUGGGAUUCUAGAUGAUGUUAUAGAAUUGAAGUUUACUGGUGCACUUAGGCAAUAUAACACAAUUUUAUUCAAGUGCAAUUGGAUGGACAAUGUCAGGGGAAUGAACAUCGAUCAAUACAAGCUAGUUGAAGUCAACCAUACCAAGAAAUACCCCAAGUUUGAUCCCUUUGUGCUAUCAUACCAGGUAAGCAUGUCUAAUCCUAAGGAGCGCGGAGGUCGAGAUGGCUUAGGUGGAAGCCAAGGUCGUGGGAAAUUGAUUCGCAGGGAGCUUUUUGAGUCACCAGGAGCUCCAGAAAGCCCGAACCUUGGCUCUGAGACACAACGAGAUGAUUCACAUGCACGUGACAUUGGUGACCAUGUACCGGAGACGCCGAGCAGCCAGAGGGAGGAAGCUGAAGGGUCAAACCGUGCAUCAAAAAGGGUUUUGAGCCCUACUGGAUUGUGGUUUGAUGAUAACAAAGUUAGCGGGUCCAUCACUGACAUUUUCCAGGGUCAUUUCCGAGAACCUUGGUUUAACUACCGUGAGGUGGACGAUGCAACAAAGACGCAUUGGUGGAACUCAUUCACGGGUCUUUACGAAUGGGCUCCUGAGUUAGAUGGCCAAGUGAAAAGCAUACCAUAUGAAAGCUGGAACUCGUUUGAGAGAUUUGCGGUAUUGGGUGCUCAACAGAGCUAA